GGGAUGGGCAGCGCGCUCUGAGCGGCGGCGGCGGGCGGCGGGCGGCGGGCGCGGGGCGUGCGGGGCGCGGGCGCGGCGCCCCCCGGGCCCAUGGAGCGGGGGCUGGCGCUGCUGUUGGUGCUCGCAGGAUCGGUGUCUCUGCCCCCACCUGGGGGUGCUGGCAGGACCGGAGACCCCCAGGCCUCCCCUGCGGCCCGCCCCGAGGGCGACAUGAAGGACCCGCUGACCGCUCCGGCCGCGCAGGGCUGGGGUCCCCCGAGCCCCGGGCAGGAGCAGGGCCCGGCCGGGUUGGGGGUGCAGGGGGCUCUCGCCCGGCCCCGUGCCCGGCGCUGCACGUGUUUCACGUACAAGGACAAAGAGUGUGUCUACUAUUGCCACCUGGACAUUAUCUGGAUCAACACGCCUGAACGCACCGUGCCCUACGGGCUGUCCAGCUCCAGGGGCAGCUUCCGGGGCAGGAGGGCCUCGGGGCUAUCGCCGCAGAACCCGCAGGCCGUGCCCAGGGCCCGGCGCUGCACCUGUGCGGACAGCAGGGACCCGGCCUGCACGCGCUUCUGCGCCCGGACCCCCGCCGGAGGCAGGGAUGCGAGAGGCUCCGAGGAACCCCCAGCGCGGAGGAAGGUCAGGCCCGCGAGGUUCAAGUCCAGGACAGAGCUGGCCGGGGGCGUUUAGAGGCCCCAGCAGCACCUGCGGCCCGGCUGGGCCCCCCGCGCGCCCCUCUGCCGCCCUCCGGGACCCGGAGUAGCGCCUCCUUCUCUCCGAUCAUCUCGAUCAUCUCGGCUUCUGCACCCGCCGGCUUCCUCCCUGCUCCUCCCGGGGGAGGGGCCUCGCUCAGCCACAGCCUCGCCCCUGCCUGUCCCCUGCUCCCCUGGGGAAUGAGGGGGAGGGAGGCGAGGGGCUUCUCUUAGGGCAAAGUGCCCCCAGUGCUGCUUCUCUGCUCUGAGACCCCGUUUCGAAUCUCGGCCGACGGCAGACGGGUGUGGGGGCUUCAGGAAGAGAGAGGCGUGGGUGGGCGCUGGCCGGACAGCUCCUCGCUGGCCCCGACUAGGGUCUGAAGCAGGUGAGGGGUGGACGGGACCCUCCCGCAGUAGGGAAUGCUGGCUGAAUGCACUCGGAGAGGAGAGGAGAGGGGAGGAGGAGGGGGAGAAGGAGGGGGAGGAGGAGGCCCGAGCUGCUCUCUGGGACGAGAAGCGAGAAAGUGAGUGUCAGCCAGCUUGAGCCCCGGGACACGGCAGCCCCCGGGAGCCGUGGGCCUGGCAGGCCUCGAGGCCUCGUCCUCCACGUCCUCCAGGGCUGGGCCUGGCCCCUGCGGCCUGGUUCCCGUGUCCAGGCUCUCAGGGCGAAGACUCGCUUUUGGGCAUCUGUGCGGUCUCGGAUGGCCUCCUAGCAAGCCACGCAACACGCUCUGUGUAAAUGCUGUAAAUUCCUAUUUAUCGCCACACCCGCAGCACCUGGGGCCCCGCAGGCCCCGCCCCCCCCGGGAGCUGCUCUGGGUCUGGACUUCGGGGACCUGCUGAGCUGAGGGGGGGCUGCGUCUCUCCCCCGAGGAUGCCCAAGCCUGAGGUGCUGCGGCCCGAGGGAGGGAGGCCAGGGAACGGGAAGGGCCGGCUCCCGAGCCCGGGUGCGGGGCCUGGGUUCCAGGCGCUGCGGAGUGAGUCUGUCCCCUCCCGGGCGGGGUUGGGGGGCUUCUCUGUGGGCAGAAUCACGGACGGCGGAGAGAAGCGAUUAUUUAUUGUGAAACUUCUCCAUCCCCUGCUUUCCGCGGAGCUGCCCCACGCGCCCUGUACGGCGAGAGAGAGAGAGAGAGAGAGAGAGAGGGAGAGAGAGAGAGAGGGAGGGAGGGAGGG